GGAGGACGGAGGAGAGGGAGGCGGGGGUCCCGCCCGGCCCGGCCCGUGGGCAGCUCCGGUCCGCUGUGCGCAGGAGAAGAGGCGGCUGCAGGAGGAGAUCCGCGCGGCGCUCCGGGAGCUGGAGGACGAGAAGCUCCGCGUGGAGCGGCUCAAGAGGAGGUCUCUCCGGGAGCGUUGGCUAAUGGACGGGGCAGCCGAGGGGCCAGACCGGCCUGAGGACCCCGCUUCACAGGACCCCCAGUCACCGGAGGGCCAGGCUCAGGCCCGAAUCCAGAACUUGGAAGACAGCUUGUUCACACUCCAGUCUCAGCUGCAGCUGUUGCAAAGUGCAUCGACAGGUGCCCAGCACAAGCCCUCGGGCAGACCCACCUGGCGCAGACAGGGUCACCGUCCUCUCUCACAACCCACUGUGGAGGCAGGUGUUACAGGCCAUACUGAUCUGGACAAGAGAGCCUCCCUGCCAGCCUGGCCAGUGGGCGUGUCCCUAGCGUCUCCAUCUGAGCCCAGGGAGGAGGCUGUUGGGGUUCUGCCAGCCCCAAGGCAGGUCCCUGGGGCAGUAGCAGCCUCCUCAGAAGCCAACGGUCCCUGCCUGGGACCCAGCCCCCCUCCAGAGCAAGAGCCCAGUCAGGGGGUAGCAGCCACCAAGGGGCGGGUGGGUGAGGACAAGGAAGGGGGUGUAGUGAAGGUGGUGUGGGAGGGGCUGAGGGCCACCGAGGACUGUGCCACGGGAGCCACGGGCCUGGAGCUGGAGGCCAAGGUGGAGGAGGUGGUGCAGGAGGCCAUUGGGGACAGGCAGGGGGCUGGCAGCCUGGAGCUCCCUGCCUGGGUGAAGGAGGACAGGGGCACCGUGGAGGUGGUCUGGGAAGGGGUGGGGGGCAGCGACUCAGAGGCCACAGGGGAGGUGGGCAUGGGCCCGGGGGCUGCACAGACCAGCUUGCCGAGGUUCCAGGAGAGAUGGGAGGAGGCAGCUUCCAGAGAAGGGGAGGGUGCUCCCAGGGGCAGCCCUGAAGGAAGAGGAGAGGAGGGGUCCUUCAUCUGGGUGGAGCGAGUGACCCUCAGUGAGGACUGGGAGGAGCUACUGGUGGAGGGGUUGGAGGGGCCGCUGGUGACAGGAAGGGAGGGAGGGGAUGAAGGUUCACUGGGAGCAGAGAGGAAAGGAGAGGAAACCUGGGAGGUAGAGAGGAGGAGAGCAGAAGAAUCAGCAGGAAUAGGGAAGAGAGGAAGUGAGGACAAGCCAGGGACAGAGGGGGACAGGGCAGAGAUGCUACUGGUGGAAGAGAGGAAAAGAAGUGAGGAGUCCUUGAAGCCAGAGAGCAGAGGAGGUGAGGAAAAGCUGGGGACAGAGAGGAAAGGAGGUGAGGAACCACUGGGAUUAGAGAGAAAAGAAGGUGAGGGACUUUUGAGGGCAGAGAGAGAAAGAGGUGAGGAAAAGCUAGGGGUAGAGAAGAAGGAAGUUGAGGAGCCACUGGGAGUAGAAGAGGAAGGAGGUGAGGAAAAGCCAGAAGCAAGUGAAGAGCCUUUGGUGACAGAGAUAAAAGGAGGUGAGCAAACAUUAGCAGCAGAGGAAAAAGGAGGUGAGGAGACAUCACAGGCAGAGGAAAAAGGAGGUGAGGGACUACUGCAGGCAAAGGAAAAAGGAGCUGAGGGACCAUCACAGGCAGAGGGAAAAGGAGGUGAGGGACCAUCACAGGCAGAGGAAAAAGGAGGUGAGGGACCAUCACAGGCAGAGGAAAAAGGAGGUGAGGAGCCUCUGCAGGCAGAAGAAAAAGGAGGUGAGCAACCAUUGGAAUUAGAAAAGACCCAAGGAGCAAAGGAAGAUCUGAGUCCAGAAGAGCAGAGAGCAUCAGGGGCAGGAACUGAAUCCCAGGCAGAGGAGGUGAGUGAUGUAGGGGCUCCCCUUGGGGCCAAUGAGGAGGAGCCAAGUCCAGAGGAGGAAGGACUGCAGCCCCAGGAAAAGCAAGAAGACUCCCUGGAGGAGGAAGCAGUAAAGCCCCAGACCCCUGCUGAAAGCCAGGACCCCUCAGGGGGUGCCACGCCCCUCCUGGCAGAGACCCCAGCCACCCCAGAGCAGCCCACCGAGUGCCAGCCACUGCUUCAUGGGGAGGAGCCCAGCGCCAACCCCAGUGUCCACCCCGUGCCCACCUAUGCCCCUGCCCGGCAGCCUGAGCCAUCUGCCCCCACCGAGGGUGAAGAGGCAAGUGGACCUAAGCAAAAGACGUGCCAGUGUUGUGCGGUUAUGUGAGCCCGCAUCCCUCCAACCCAUGCCCAGCUCUUCUCACAGCUACCUCGGCCUCUUGGCAUCCAGCAGAGGGUCCUAGGCUCAGACAGGCACCACGGGACUGGCUGUAGCACCUGGGAGCCAGCUGGCCUGCAUGUUCACCUACACCUGGGCUACUGGACCCCCUGCCCACUGCCUGUGACCCUGGCCCCCUUCUGCGAU